UGAACCCGGCAAAUGGGAUAUAAGUAGGGCUUUAGGCGUCAGUUUUCUACUUAGACUAGAUAGACUAUUCUAUCUUUUUAUGCAGUGAUUUUUAGACGAGAACAUGCAUCCAGACUCCAGCACUGAGUUCGACUCAUCGUCCAGCUGUAGCACAGCAUCGCCUGGCGGGGACACCCCUGGGUGCAGCCAGCAUCCUCCUGACUCGCUUUCAUCAUCAGUGGACAGCGCCAAGGAUGCUGAGACCAGUGCAGUAGACCCCUUUGUUCCGACUGUGACUGCAAUCUCAACCUCGCCGGAUCUAAGGUGGAUGGUGCAGCCGACAGUCAUCAUAUCUGUCUCCCCAUCAGCCGGCCGUGCAAAGACCAAAACUCACGGCUCGACCCAGUCGUCUUCCACGGCAGGUGCAAAAAAGACAAAGCCCUCCAACAGGAAAGGGCUGAAAGACAAGCCGUCCAAAGAGGAGGAGGAAAGGAGGAGGAUCAGGAGGGAGAGGAACAAAAUUGCUGCAGCAAAGUGUCGUAACAGACGGAGGGAGCUGAUAGACACUCUGCAAGCUGAAACGGACAUGCUCGAAGACGAAAAGUCUGCCCUCCAGAUGGAGAUAGCCGACCUGCUGAAGGAGAAGGAGAGACUGGAGCAAGUCUUAGUCUCCCACAAACCAUCCUGCAAGCUCCCUACAAAUGACGACAAUAAUGAUGAUGAGGAUAAUGAAGAUGAUGUCAACACAAUGCUGCAGGAUCCUCCGGCCUCUCCACAGCUGCUGUCCAUCUUAGAGAAUGAAAAAAGCCAAGAGAACAACGCAGUCAUCGGAGAAGUCCCUCUUGGUCAAGACAUGGACAAUGUCCCAUGCAUCCCUGCUGCAGCCAUUUUGGGGAACUCCAACAUCCUGCUGUGUUCGAGUGCAGAAGAGGAAACACUGGAGGACUUAAAAGGAGACGACCUGGAUGACUUGGUGCCCAGCCUUGAGAUGGCAGUGACUCCAGAGAUGGCUGCAUCCGUCCCCGACAUAGACCUGAGCAGCCCCUUCUGCCUCUCAGACUGGGAAACCCUGUACAAGUCUGUGGCGAACGACCUUGAAUCUUUGAGCACGCCAAUCAUGUCUUCCAGUCCCACUUGUAACAAUUACCGCACAGUGUUUUCCUUUAAUUACUCUGAGAUUGAUUCCUUGGCUGAGGGCUUUGAGAGCCUCAAAGGCAGCCUCGGUGCAUCUGAGUUAAUGAAAGAUAGUCUUAACUCUCCAACACUUCUGGCCUUGUGAAUGAAAAGAAUUUAUACAAUGAUGCUGUAUUCUAACCAGCCAGCAAGCUAUGAUCUCUCUCUCAAAAACAAUGUUUUGUAGUGUGAGUUUUGAUGUUGUGUAAAUCUGAACAUCAAAGGUUGUGUACAUGACAUGUUUUCUGUGACUGUAACAGGGUUUACUUCUUCCAUAAUGCUGGUGCAAUUCUGAGGUGAGACUUUGCGCUGGUAACAAAAAUGCAUGCAAAUACAAGUCAUCCGUAAUCCAAGAAGAGGUGGUAUCUUGUGUUUUUAAAUGUGAUGUGAAGUUAGAUCAUGCUCAAUAGCCUAAUGUACAUGUAAUACUGUUGAAAAAGUUGUGUUGUAACAAGUGAAAAAAGCAGGGUUACUAAUGUGUAGUGUGAAGGUGUCACAUCUUGCUGUAAGGUGUCCCCUAACAUGACAUUUCCUUUCAAGUUUUUCCAUUAAAAGAAGAACACGUCAUGUAUUUUAUCAAGCUGUAUUUUAUGACAUAGUUUAUUUUUUUACUUAUAAAAAAUUAUCAGAUGCAAAAAUUGUAUAAUGCUGGAAAUAAAAUAAGACAACCACAAACGA